GCACGUCACGCCAGUGCUCGGUGACGUCACACGGUUCAGGUCUGCCACUUCAACAAGCUAACAACAACAGAAGAUCCCGGAAAGCUGGCGAGCUCAACGAAGAGGAGGCCAAACACUUCCGUCUCGCUGGUUCUGAUGCAGAUGGAGUUUUGGACCAAGCUUUGACGAGUGUAAACAACAGAUCCCUCCUCAACCUCAACGUGAAACCAACACCUUCUGUCACGCUGGCAAUGUCAAGAGUCCCGAGUCCCCCUCCCCCGGCGGAAAUGUCCAGCGGGCCAGUGGCUGAGAGCUGGUGCUACACGCAGAUCAAAGUCGUGAAGUUCUCGUACAUGUGGACCAUCAACAACUUCAGCUUUUGUCGCGAGGAGAUGGGCGAGGUCAUCAAGAGCUCCACUUUCUCUUCAGGAGCCAAUGACAAGCUGAAGUGGUGUUUGCGCGUCAAUCCUAAAGGCCUGGACGAGGAGAGCAAAGACUACCUGUCACUCUACCUGCUGCUGGUCAGCUGUCCGAAGGCCGAAGUCCGAGCCAAGUUCAAGUUCUCCAUCCUCAACGCCAAGGGAGAGGAGACCAAAGCCAUGGAAAGCCAGAGGGCGUAUCGCUUCGUGCAGGGUAAAGACUGGGGGUUUAAAAAGUUCAUUCGAAGAGACUUCCUUCUAGAUGAAGCCAACGGUCUUCUACCUGACGACAAGCUCACACUCUUCUGUGAGGUGAGUGUGGUGCAGGACUCAGUCAACAUAUCUGGCCAAAACACCAUGAACAUGGUAAAGGUUCCAGACUGCAGACUGGCCGACGAGCUCGGGGGCUUAUGGGAGAACUCCCGCUUCACCGACUGUUCCUUGUGUGUGGCCGGCCAGGAGUUUCAGGCCCACAAAGCCAUCCUGGCAGCACGCUCUCCUGUAUUCAGCGCCAUGUUUGAACAUGAGAUGGAGGAGAGCAAAAAGAACCGCGUGGAAAUCAACGACGUGGAACCUGAGGUGUUCAAAGAGAUGAUGUGCUUCAUUUACACUGACAAGGCUCCCAACCUGGACAAGAUGGCAGACGACCUGCUGGCUGCAGCUGACAAAUACGCUCUAGAAAGAUUGAAGGUAAUGUGCGAGGACGCGCUGUGCACCAGCCUGUCGGUGGAGAAUGCAGCUGAGAUCCUAAUUCUGGCAGACCUGCACAGCGCUGACCAGCUUAAAACGCAGGCAGUCGACUUCAUCAACUACCACGCUGCAGAGGUUAUGGAGACGGCAGGCUGGAAAUCCAUGGUCGCGUCUCAUCCGCACCUGGUGGCCGAAGCGUACCGCUCGCUAGCGUCGGCCCAGUGCCCUUUCCUCGGACCUCCGCGCAAGCGCCUCAAACAAUCCUAAUGGACCUCCAUGUCGUAAAAACACGCAUCACUCAAAUAUACCCUGUUGCCCCCUCCCUAGGGUCCACAAUAUGGAAGACAUUUCCCUUUUGCUGUUACCUACUACACUACCUACAGCCCUCUUCUGCCCCGCGAUCCAGAACCUGCUGUAUUUAGAUGGAGGGAAGAGGGGGCUGGCUUGUGAAGUGGAUAUUUGUCGUUUACAGAAUCGAAAAAGAAAAGAAACAAAAUGCACUUUUUCAACAGCAAGGUGGGACCUUGUGCUCUUUUCCCUCCCCCCAUUCGUGAAAAAUCCUUCAGGAGGAAGAACUUGGACACAAAAAAGGCAAGAGCUGGAAAUGUGGAGGACAGACAAGGUCUUUAACAAUUAGACAUUCAAGGACAGGAGGGAUUCAAAGACGGGUUAAAGGGCUAGGCAAAAGCAGAAAAAUCAUGAAACUUAUUUUCCCAAAGCAAUUUGGGAAACAUUGCACUAAAUAAAUCCACAGGUCUUUCCCUCCCCGCCACCAGAACAAUCAAACAAAGUAGUAGGCUAUCGCCUAAUGGACUAACUGCAGACCCAUUUGGACCACGCAGGACAAGCAAACCCUUUAAAGAUGCUUUAUCAGCGUGCACAACACACACGUGUGUGUUCAUACCGCUGCCUCAAUUGUAUCCGUUUUCAUUUCGGAAUAGAAAGAAAGUCCCAAACUGCAACACAAACAACUGGGUGUUGUGUCGAUGUGGGCCUUGAGAGCCAAUCCAUGGGGACUGAGGUCAAGAAAAAAAACAUUCAGUCAAGUGAGAUAUAGUAGCAUCUUUUUCCCCAAAUACUUAUUUUCCAAAUUACAUGAACUUUUGUUUGCAGGCGUGACGGCUGCAAGGAACUUCAAAUUAAAUGAACACGUUUUAUUGUUCAAAUGAGACAGAAUGUGAAAAAAACAAUAAAACCCCACACAAAAUAAAUGUAUUAAAGAGGACCUAUGAUGAUUCUAAUCUACACUGAACACACUUCCCGGUGGUGUAGAUGAUACCUUUUGGACAUGCUCAACAUUUCUCUACAGGCACUUUUAUAACCUGCUUUCUGCAAACGGUUCUUGUGUGGAGGCCUUCGCUUUAGAUUGCGAAUAAAACCCACCCUCUCCAAAAGUAUCAAUUUAUCUUUUGAAAAUGUACACUGUAUACCGUAUUUUUUGGAGUAUAAGUCGCUCCCGAGUAUAAGUCGCACCGGCUGAAAAUGCAUAAUAGAGAAGGAAAAAAACAUAUAAGUCGCACUGGAGUAUAAGUCGCAUUUUUUGGGGAAAUUUAUUUGAUAAAACCCAACACCAAGAAUAGACAUUUGAAAGGCAAUUUAAAAGAAUUAAAGAAUAGUGAACAACAGGCUGAAUAAGUGUACGUUAUACGACCAACUGAGAACGUGCCUGGUAUGUUAACGUAACAUAUUAUGGUAAGAGUCAUUCAAAUAACUAUAACAUAUAGAACAUGCUAUACAAUCUGUCACUCCUAAUCGCUAAAUCCCAUGAAAUCUUAUACGUCUAGUCUCUUACGUGAAUGAGCUAAAUAAUAUUUGAUAUUUUACGGCAAUGUGUUAAUAAUUUCACACAUAAGUCGCUCCUGAGUAUAAGUCGCACCCCCGGCCAAACUAUGAAAAAAACUUGCGACUUAUAGUCCGAAAAAUACGGUAAAUAUAUCUUGAGGACAAACAUCACCGCUGCUUAGUUUUUUUUCCCAGACAUGGGCGAAAAUAGACCUCAUAAAAAGUAUAUAGAUCCACCGGUCAUAAUAUUAUGUACACCUUGACAAGUCAAUCGUUAUUAAUAUUUUGUAGCACAUUACAACAACUUUGGUCGACCACAGUGCUGUAAAUAAACAACACAUUUUCUUUUAGAAAAAUGCUCAUGAAAAUAGAUGUUUUCUGAAAGGUUUUAAAAUGCUAGCGUGUUGAUGCAGACCUAAUGUGCAGAGGCAGCCAUUUACUGUAUCUCACUGCAUGCCAAGAUUUGAUAAAAACAAUACUUCUCUUUUUGGUCACUGAAACCAAGUACCGUAUUUUUUGGAGUAUAAGUCGCUCCGGAGUAUAAGUCGCACCGGCCGAAAAUGCAUAAUAAAGAAGGAAAAAAACAUAUAUAAGUCGCACUGGAGUAUAAGUCGCAUUUUUUGGGGAAAUUUAUUUGAUAAAACCCAACACCAAGAAUAGACAUUUGAAAGGCAAUUUAAAAUAAAUAAAGAAUAGUGAACAACAGGCUGAAUAAGUGUACGUUAUAUGAGGCAUAAAUAAGCAACUGGUAUGUUAACGUAACAUAUUAUGGUAAGAGUCAUUCAAAUAACUAUAGCAUAUAGAAUAUGUUAUACGUUUACCAAACAAUCUGUCACUCCUAAUCACUAAAUCCCAUGAAAUCUUAUACGUCUAGUCUCUUACGUGAAUGAGCUAAAUAAUAUUAUUUGAUAUUUUACGAUAAUGUGUUAAUAAUUUCACACAUAAGUCGCUCCUGAGUAUAAGUCGCACCCCCGGCCAAACUAUGAAAAAAAACUGCGACUUAUAGUCCGAAAAAUACGGUAACAAUGUUGCGAUUGCGCCGCCUUUUUCGUCUCUUUAGCGGCUAAUCCAGUUUCAUACUUGACCCAUGUUGACAAACCUGCCCCGUGUAAAAUGUGGUGGACAAUUAAACAAUGAAGUAUUUAUUUUGUAGACAUCAGAGCAGAUGAGAAGGAAUAACACACAAGGCUCCUGGCAGCAGUCUUGAUUUGGCAGUAUAUACUAGGAUGCCCAUAUAAUUAUGUCCGUCAAUCUGUGACAUCACAAAUGGCCCAUUUUUAUAAAAAACAAAAAACAAUGCCUGAACCUUAUGAUUUGACACUUUGACAUUGUUUUACACGCGUAUCCAACAUUGUAACAACAUUAGUGAGUCAGAAAAGGGGAGAAUCAUCAUAGGUUCCUUUUUAAAGUUAUCUUUGUUCUUUGCAAGUGGGAGAAAAUUGGUGAUUUGGUUAGAAGGAGCCCUUGUCAUUUCUUUUCUGUAGAUAUUGUCCGUUUAUGAGAAGUGACACUUAGUUGUUGCCUUUUUUUGUUCCCAAAAGAAUAAACCACAACUAUUUUUUAUUGAAUGAAA